CUUUUUCCAGAUGGUCGGCUUCGAAUGUGCCCUCCAGGUGGCAGCAGCUUCACAAUGGCCUGGUCGAUGGCGUGCACGAUGCGAAGAAAGCGACAAGUCACCUACAAGAAUUCAUUUCGUGAGAUCUUAAUUCUACCUUCUAUCCAUAACUAUUUAUCUCAAACUACCAGUUCAGUUUUAGCCCAUCGCUUUCAAAUUUGCGUCAUUUUAGCAAAACGUGCGCUCAUCGCUCCGUCUAUCCAUCAACUACAAAUCAUAUGCUGUGAUGUUGGAUGCAGUGUGAAUGAUCUGAUGUCAUAUUGUGGACAGCUGACGGGGUGGUGA